UCAACUAAAUUUUGAAAUCACUGAAGGUCAGCAAGAAAGCAUGGAAUGAUCGUAAGAAGACGAUAAUAAGAGAAGAUGUCACAUUUAUUUAGGCUGUCAGGCCGUUUAUGCCUUCAUUUCCUGAGGGAAAAGCCUAUCCCAUGUGCAGCAUGUAUCCAGCUUCGAAUAGAUUCCAAACACAUUCGAAAUAAAAGCGGGUACCAAUACAAGGUGGAAGAGAACACAGAGGGACAGCCAAGGCAACACUUGAAGAAGAAAGAAUCCUAUGGACAACCACAUCUACAACUUGUUAACACACUUUCUGCGAGAGCUUCUCAGUUGUCAGAAAAUAGCACUGAUCAGAACAACAUUGGACAAUCUAAUCUUAGUGAUCAUCAGUCACAAACAUUUUUGACGACUGAGAAAAUUCCCCAGCAUGCAAGACAUCGGAGCCCUGAUAGAAAGUCAAAGUUGCUAAAUCAACAUGUUGUUAAAAGUACAGAUGAUGUUCCUUUAGAGUCAUCUAAACCUAAAGAAAUUUCAGCUGAAGCUCAAGAAAGAAAACGUAAGAAAAGAUUAAAAUAUCUGUCAAAAGAAAAGAAAUUUCAGGAUGCUUUAGAUGAAUAUUAUGGAAGGAAAAACAGUAAUUUGAAGACUCAAACAAUUCCGGAAAAAUCUGACUUCUUUAGCGAUGUUCAUAAGCAGAGUGGAAACUUGGCUGAACUGUAUCUUCCUGCUGAGAAGCAAAAGCUCGAUGAAGCAAGAAAGUGUUUCAAGUUUAAGGAGAAACAAUCGGAGCGUAAUGCAAAUCGUAGUGUUGACAUUUUUGAUUUGAUUUCAAAAAGAAAUGAGAAUGUAGAUGUUGAAGCUGAGUUGAGUGAGGCAGAAGGUGUAGAGUUGCCUAGCAAGGAUCAGAGUCGCAUGCUUCCUGAAGAUGAAUGGAACUUGUUAAAGCAACUCCGUAGGCAGUACCGCAACCGCCCUGCCAAGCUCUGGUCCGAGCAGGAAAUGCAAGAGUUUGAACGAGAACUUGACGUGUUUCAUGAGGAAGGGGAUAUUGUGCUCUACGAGGGAGACCAUCUUGUAAUCCCUGACGACCUUGACCCCAGCUCGCUGGAGGGCGUACUCACACGCAAGGCUCUACAAAAAAAGGAAAAGCAUGCGCCUGUCAAGCCCCUAGAGAAAGAGGAAGAGAUUGUACGUAUUGUGCGUAACGAGCAUCAGAACAACAGCCUCCUGGCCUACGUGGAUGCCUGUGUGUCGACUGGACUCACACGCAAUGCUGUGAGGAUGCUGAAUCUCUACAGGCAGAAAGUAAAGCUAGAAAAAGUGGAGAUCUACAACAUUGUAUUGAGGGGACUUGUUAGAGAGAAAGCGAGCUUUGCUGAAGUUCGUCGGAUGUUUACGUACAUGCGGGAGGAUGGCAUUCAACCGUCAAUGGAAUCCUACAUGCUGUGUCUCGCCUCGCUGGCCCCACAGAACUCUGAGUACGAUAGACUCAUGGCUUCCUUCAUUGUCAAGGACAUGGUCAAACAGGGCCUGGAUGUUAAGAACAUAUUCAAUGAGUGCCAUUUCUUCAACAACGAGAGGCAUGUUGUCUAUGAGUUGCUGAAAAGUGUGAUACCGGACUAUGAGCCCCACCCACCCCAGAUAGAGAAACAGUAUGAGGGGCCCCUUGUGGAGGCGCUAAACACACCGUUGCCCAGCAACCAGAAGGUGAGUGUUAACCCAUUCAGCGGGGUGAUGUCCAGCGAUGACAUGAUGCGACAGGCAGAGCGACAGUUCAACCUCGAACUUGACGGCUUUGUAGACAUCAAGUCCAUCUUCAAUACUGGGAAACCCAUGGAUCUGUGCAAGGAGUCUGAGAUGCAGCGUCUGGAGGAAAGAUGGAGGAAGAAUUACAUGAAGGCAUUCAUCACCAAGAGACAGCAGGUGCUACAAAAUAAAAGCGCUCUGAACCGCGUGAACAUCUACCCUUUUCUGUGCCUAUUUCCUGUCGAAGAUUAUGUGGAUAUGCUUCUUAAGGAGGCCUAUCGAUGGACCACCCUCUCCCAGUCCUACUCUCUGAGCGUGCUCACCAUGGCGACAGAUCUUGGACAUCUGGUUUACCAACGAUACUUUGUACAGAGGAAAAUAGAUUCUGAUGUGUUUCCUAAGCUGCACAGAGCGUAUGCUAGCUACGUAGAGCGUCUAAGUGACCCAGAUCAGGAUGUCUCGAAUCUACGCGCGGAGUGGAACCGGAUCCUUCAGAGGCUUAAUGAUGGCAAUAAUAUGGAGAUUCCAGUCCCACGAUGGUCCAUUUCCAUCAACAGAAUGAUCGGAGACUUCCUGUUUGACAUUGUUUAUGAGAACACAGACAUCAAUACCAACUUCUUCUACAAGAACAAACCAGUACGCUAUGCAAAGGCGUUUCAGAAAGUUAAACGCUCCAGGAAUAUGAAACAGAUCAAUGAACUAUUGUCCCACCCGAUGCUUCUGCGACUGAGGAAUGCAGAGGCUGACCUGAAGUUUAAGACGUUUGAAAUCCCGAGCCUGUGCCCUGUGAUACCUUACACAAGUCCUGACAGCGGGGGAAACUUCUGCAGUGUCCAUGACAGUUGUGGGUGUGGAGACCAGCAGCUGACCAAGUUCAAAGACAUGUCAGACAAGGCUGCUCCAGUAUUGGACACUUUGAACAUCCUCGGAACGUGCGCAUGGAUCAUCAACAAACCAGUUCUAGAGGUCAUAUUGAAGGUGUUCCGGUCCGGUGGUGACCCUGAUCUUGACAUUCCAAACCUGCCAGACAACAUACCUGCACCAGAGAAACCAGACACCACGAAAGCAGGCGUGAAGCAAAAGAAAGCACUGGAGUUGCAGUAUUCUAAGGAGUUGGAGAAGUACAGGAAGCUGUACAAGGAGACCAAUAGCCUUUGGUGGUCCUGUCUAUACAAGCUGUCCAUAGCCAACACUUACAAAGAUAACGUGAUGUGGUUUCCUAUGAAAAUGGACUUCAGAGGUCGUGUGUAUCCGAUACCGCCACAUUUCAAUCACCAAGGUCAGGACUUUGUUCGCAGCCUGCAGAUGUUCGCCCGAGGCAAGCCCCUUGGGCCCGAGGGACUCAGCUGGGUCAAGCUGCACCUGGUGAAUCUUACAGGGCUCAAGAAAAGGUCUUCCAAUGCUGAGAAGCUGCUCUAUGCAGAUGAAAUCAUGCCUGACAUUCUGGACUCUGCAGACAACCCUCUCAAUGGUCGGGGCUGGUGGAGGACAAUUGAAGAGCCCUGGCAGUGUCUGUCCCUAUGUAUGGAGGUCGCCAAUGCCACACGCAGUGGGGACCCAGCCUCCUACGUGUCACAUGUACCCAUACAUCAGGACGGGUCCUGCAAUGGACUGCAACACUUUGCUGCCCUGGGUCGAGAUGGGGAGGGAGCCAAGUCUGUCAAUCUGCACCCAGCUGAGAUUCCCGCCGACGUGUAUUCAGAGGUCGUAGCUCUGGUGGGAAAAGAGAUAGAGCAAGAGAUAGAGUCUAAGGGACCCCAGGCCAAGAUAGCCGCUCUGUGCAAGGAGUACCUGGAGCGUAAGGUGGGGUGUAAUCUUGAGUGUAAGGAGUACCUGGAGCGUAAGGUGGGGUGUAAUCUUGAGUGUAAGGAGUACCUGGAGCGUAAGGUGAUAAAACAGUCGAUCAUGACGACUGUGUACGGUGUUACUAGUUACGGCGCCCGCAAACAGAUUUUCCGCCAACUAGACUACAAGGAUUUCCCGGACGAACACAUCAAUGUGGCCUCACAGUACCUCAUGAAGACUACAUUCGACUGCAUGAGGAAGCUCUUUACCAGUGCUAAGGAAAUACAAACGUGGUUUGACAAGUGUGCCCUGGCCAUCUCUCGUACUGCCAACUCCCCUGUGGAGUGGAUCACGCCUCUCAACUUUCCCGUCAUCCAGGCGUACUAUCGGGAGAUGUCCAUGAACCUGGAUUGCAUGCCCGUCUUCAUCAAGGACUCUAAAUUUCUGCAGGUUCACGACAGGAGACAGAAGAACGGGUUCUCUCCGAACUUUGUCCACUCCCUGGACGCCACCCACAUGAUGCUGACUGCUUUACACUGCCAUAGGAAGGGUAUCACAUACUCUGCUGUCCACGACUGCUUCUGGACCCAUGCUGCAGAUGUUAACCUCAUGAAUAUUAUCACGAGGGAGCAGUUUGUGGCCCUGCACAGUCAGCCCAUACUCCAGAACCUGUCCCAGUUCUUCAUGGACCGGUACAUCAACAGUUCUAAUCUGGAAGGUUCCAAACGAGACAGAUUGGCCAACACUCUCACCUCGGUACCCUCCACAGGUACAUUUGACCUCAAGAAUGUCAUGGACUCCACGUAUUUCUUCAGUUAGUUGUUGAGUUUGCGAUGCUUAUGGGUGAUCAUUGGUGUUACAUGAUUACAACGUUGGUUUCCAUACAUCAUUAUGCAGGGUUGUUAACAAGGAAAACAAUUUAAUGACCAAGAGAACGCUGGCAAAAUAACGGUGGUGGAAGUAAGCAUGUACCGGUAUUGGAGGUGUGUCUUAAUGACUACACCAGCUCACAUGUGUCGUCCUAUGGAAUAUUCAGGAAAUCAGGAUCAGCAUCAAGAUUUCACCAUACACUGUUAAAUAAAAGCAGACAAAUAUAGCUCAGAUCAGUGGUGCUACGAUUCUGUUCCAUCAUAAGCAUAUCAUUGGUUUGUGAAAGCAGGGAGAAUUUUCUGAUGCUAAUGGAUGACACAUGAUCACAGCGGCAAAACAGUGGGGUAAUUGAUUGUGUGGGGUAUAAAUCAGGAAAACAUGACAAUAUUGACACAACAUCUGCAUACAAGUCAUAACUGAAUGAGAUGUGUCAAUUUCAGGAUUGAAAAUCAAUUUCAAGAUUAAAAAUCAAUUGGCAUACUUUUCAUGAAUGGUUCAAAUAAACUUUGGAAUAGUU